AUGCCUCUUGCUCGACAUGUCCGGAAUCCCCGAUGGCCGUUGCUCCUGGCCCUCUUUGUUUUGACACUGGUGGCUUCAAGAAGCUCCGUGUCAAGAAGCUCCGUGCCACCGGGGUGGUGGCGACAGGGAUGGCCCAAAACACGUCGUGACAGUGUAGCCGAAGCGCAGUUGUUGGCGCCUUUAGCAGAGCUUUUGAUGCCGAAGACACCCAUUGAGGAACUUUUCAGAAGCUUUCCUUCUCCAGAUGGCUGGGGCGGACACUACUUGGAGCCGGACUUGACGGCUUACGGAGUGCUGAAAGAUCCGAAUGCAGCAUUGUUUGUGGAAUAUGACGGGUACUGGCGGCAUGGGGAAAGGGAAGGCAGAACCAGAGACCAGAGCAAAAAUGAAGCGUUGUUUGCAUAUGGGCCUCCAGGGUCAUGUGUGCUUCGCAUCUCCCACAACCACAGCAGGGUUCUGAAAGAUCAGCUUGUAGGUAUUCAGGUGAGCACCUGGCAAACCUGUUGCAGGGCAUCGCUUGAAAGGACUUUGACGGACGUCUUCAAAAAGACAUCAGAGGGCCUCAACAAGGUUCUUUGUCCUCGACUGGCCAAGCGAUUGGAUUUGGAAGCAAGUCGAGGUUCACUGAGAGUGUCAGCACGGACAGAUAGAUUCGUUCAAAUGGCACUUGCUGUGAAGGGUGGCAACACAUCAGAGCAGAUUUCAGACUAUUUGGGAGCUGAAGGGUUCAGAAAGAAAGAGAUUGAACUUAUGAUUGAACGUGCAUCCUUGAGUGGAACAUCCAUCGAAAGAGCGCUACAACCAAGAAUAAAAUGGCUCUUGAGUAUAGGACUCAAACACGCUGAAGUUGUGAAGGCAAUCGCCACUUUUCCACACCUUCUUGUGUACAGCAUUGAGAAGAACUUGAAGCCGACAGUGCAGUGGUUCUUGGACAUUGGGCUGAGCCAGGCUCAAGUUGUGAAGCUUAUUGCAAGGGUUCCUCAAAGUCUUGGCUACAGCAUUGAGGAGAACUUGAAGCCGACAGUGCAGUGGUUUUUGGACAUUGGGCUGAGCCAGGCUCAAGUUGUGAAGGUUAUUGCAGGGUUUCCUCAAAGUCUUGGCUUGAGCAUUGAGGAGAACUUGAAGCCGACAGUGCAGUGGUUUUUGGACAUUGGGCUGAGCCAGGCUCAAGUUGUGAAGAACUUGAAGCCGACGGUGCAGUGGUUUUUGGACAUUGGGCUGAGCCAGGCUCAAGUUGUGAAGGUUAUUGCAGGGUUUCCUCAAAGUCUUGGCUACAGUAUUGAGGAGAACUUGAAGCCGACAGUGCAGUGGUUCUUGGACUUUGGGCUGAGCCAGGCUCAAGUUGUGAAGGCAAUCGCAUCUUUUCCUAGCCUUCUUCGCUACAGCAUUAACGAUAAAUUGAGGCCGACAGCGCAGUGGUUCUUGGACAUGGGGCUCAGCCAGGAUCAAGUUGUGAAGGUAAUCGCAGUGAAACCUAACCUUCUUGGCUACGGCAUUGAGAAGAAAUUGAAGCCGACAGUGCAGUGGUUUUUGGACAUUGGGCUGAGCCAGGCUCAAGUUGUGAAGGUUAUUGCAGGGUGUCCUCAACUUCUUGGCUACAGCAUUGAGGAGAACCUGAAGCCGACAGUGCAGUGGUUCUUUGACAUGGGGCUUAGCAUGGAUCAGGUUGUAAAUGUAGUAGCAAACUAUCCAUCGACCUUGGGCGCUGGCGUUGAGAAGAACUUAAAGCCAGUCAGGCAGUGGCUUUUGGAUCUGGGGCUGAGCGAGGAUCAAGUUGUCGAUGUGGUGACCAGUUUCCCAAUAAUCAUGAAGCUGAGACUCGAGCAAAACUUAAAGCCCAAACAAGCACUGCUGGAAGAUGCCUUUGGCAGAUCAGAAGCUGCAACCUUCAUCAGCAAUGAUCCCCGGAUUUUCUCUUACAGCUACCAGCGCUUGGCCACACGCCUCACGGUUCUUGUCGAGAGACAUGAGACACAUUUGCUUUCAAGUGCCACGCGGCUCACUGAGGCAGAAUUUGCAAAGCGCUUUCCACGCAAACCCAACUAG